CUCUCGAAAAAUGUCUAAACCAAUAAUUUAUUGGCAUCCUUUCAGUGCUCCUUGUCGCGGAACGUGGUUAGUUGCUCAAAAUUUAGACAUCGAUGUCGAUUUUCGACUCUUGGAUCUCGCAGCGAAAGAACAUUUGAAGCCGGAAUUUCUCAAAAUUAAUCCGAUGCAUUGCGUUCCGACGUUGGAUGAUGCUGGUUUUGUCAUUUGGGAGUCACGUGCCAUCUCGACGUACCUUGCUGACCUACGGGAGACCGAAUUUUAUCCGAAAAACCGACAAUUUAGGGCUAAAAUUGAUUCUUUGUUGUAUUUCGAUGCGACUUUUUUAUAUCAAAGAGCUCGGGACAUCACAAGACCCAUAAUUUAUGAAGGCCUGAAAGUAAUAAGUGAUGAAAAAGUUCAAAAAAUUUAUGAGGGAUAUGAUCAUUUGGAAUGGUUUUUAACAAAAAAUGAAUUUGUAGCGGGUGAUUCUUUAACAAUUGCUGAUUUGCAUCUUUUAGCAACAAUUGAAACGACAAAAUUGCUUGGAAUGGAUUUCAAAAAGCAUCCAAAGAUCCAUUUGUGGUACGAAAAAUGCUCGAAAUGCGUUACUGGAUUUAAUGAACACGUCAAAUUCACACAAAAUUAUGUUGAUAUGAUAAAAUCGAAGCUACAGUCAACAAAAAAUUGA